CAACUGUUGUCACUUUUGUGAGUUUGUAGUUUUUUUGUUGUGGCAAUGGCUAUUGUUUGACAGCGUGACAAAUUGGCUCGCGAUUUCAUAUGCUGAGAGCUUCUAGUUCUUCUACUAUCGCUAGAUUUUGGCAGUGGUGAAGUUUCACGUCAUUGUCGUCGGCGGAUGGUUCUAUUUUUUUAAUUUCUUGCAUUUUGCAUCAUCCAGGACUCACAGGAGCGAGUGUGUUGUGUGAAAGUUUUCCCGUUGGCUUGAUGGGUUUCUCACUCUGGCUCAUGAGAUAACACUGGACCUACGAUUGUACUAAAGAGUAACAGGUUUUUCGCGUUUGGGCCCGGGUGUGAUAAAUCCCGGCCUUGUUCUGCUACGAAUCAGAUCUGGAAAGUGCAUCUUCUUAUUGUAGUAUUGACGUGCUACGUGGCAUCCAGUUGUUGGAUUGUCGCAAGACAGCAGUGCAGUGAUGAUGGCGGAGAUGAGAAUGAACAACUUGGGCCGUCGGUCUGUGGAGAAUCACCAGCUACUAAAUGACUCGUCGUCCGGCUCUGAUGUUCAGGAAUUUUCGUUGCCGACAAAGCGACCCAGUCAGCCGCGGUUCAAGCGGAAACGCUCUGGCAGCAUAGGCGCCAGCAAUGGCAGCAGCGGUGUUGGUGGCCACCACGACUUCAAGACGGGCAAGGCGUGCCAGGGCACGGACAUCCAUGGAUGCUGCCUUGUGCUAUGCAUCCUGCUGUUCAUCUUCACUGUGAUCACAUGUGCGUGGCUGUCGUACGUCACCGUGCAGUUGCAGCGCGACGUUGAUCGCUUGCACACUACAGUUGAUGAACAUCGUGGUCUGAUGAAGAAGCUGAGUGAUGCAGACUCACGGAUGACCACGCUGUUGAACAUGUCCUUAACCAGGCUGAAUGCCAGCGAGAUGUCUAAUAGUGUACUCCGCAGACAGCUGGAUUCUGUUCAUAACACCACCGGUCGUGCAACACUGCUCUAUACCUCUAUCAAGGCGUCUCUCAAGGCGUCUUCGGCAGCUAGCGGGCAAGCUCUACAGGGUCUGGCGGACGUACAGAACGAAGUGACUCUGAUGGGGUCCGACGUGAAGGCCACCAAGGCCGAUGUUGACAGCCUGAAAGCUGCCGUCGGUCCGUCUCCCGACCUGAACAGUAUACCAGCUGAAGGUGAGCCAGGCCUGCAGCAACAAGUGCACUAUCUCAUGAGGAAUUAUACCUGGGUGCUCUCACAAGUUGCACGGGCGAAGAACAGUGUGCACGCAGCGCAGCAAGCGUUUGACACCAAGAACGCCGACCUGGUGUCUGUGCAGAGGCGCCUCGCGGUGCUUGAAGGUGAUUCCGAGUCCACGAUGGGGCAGGUCAAGAAACACCACUACAAUAUCACGCUACUGAAGGCAUCAUUGAGAGAUCUCCACUACCUGCUGAAUCUCACCAGUGUGCCAGUAGCCGUGCAGUCAGACAAUAGAACAGCCACAUCAUCACUGCCCGCAUCCCUGGUCGAUCUUGGUCUCUUCGGGAACAGCUCGGUUGUCGAGGCAAUCGUUGCCCUUGCCAACAUGGUGAUGCUUCACCAUCAUCAUGGAAACGCCACUGAGUCGCCCAUCGCUAACAACACGUCUGCCAUGAUUGCUAAGAUGGAUCAAUCGAUGGCGACUAUGCAAACUCAUGUCAACAGACUGCUGGAGACACAAGCGUCAUCCACGGCGCCUUCACGUCAUUCCCAGUGCUCAUGCGACGCUAUCACCCUGGAGGGAUUGCUUGACAAGGCCAACGUGACGGCAAUGGUUGCGCGUGUGGUAACACUCGCCACCUCCGCCGUGCCGUUGAACACGUCGUCGGAGCUCGGUGGCGUGAUUCCUGAGCUGCUGGCGUUGAUACCGGACCUGGCCAGCAGCCACUCGGCAUCGUCUCUGUCGCGCCUGCUGACCAAGUACGCCCAGCUGCUGCAGCGUGCGGCUGGCUGGCUAGCGCACACGCAACCCUCCAGUACCGCUCAGCCGUCGGCCUUGGGCAAGGCUAGCACUAAUACAGUUGCUGUGAGUUCCAGCCCGUCCUUGGCCAAGGCUACUACUGAUAUUCUUGAUACACUGAGCGAGGAGACCGCCCCAAGACCAGCAGUGGGUGGUGAAACAGUGUCAGCGCCUUCUGCAGGUGCAGCUAGUCCCCCAAGCCAUGACAGCUCCUCACCAGCCGCUCCCAGUGCAGUAACGAGCGUAGCAUCCGAAGCCGCGGCCGUAAAUACCGCCGGUGCCGACGCCAUCUCCCAGUCGACGGCACCUUCAGCUCCUUCCUCUACGGAUGCCGCAGUACCAGCGGAGACUCUGGACAACUCUGUGGCGGUUGCCACUGGCCCCGUGGAAACUGUGGACGAACUGGCGACGCUAAGUACCGGACCCAGUGCUCCAGCAACGACUGAGCCGGAGCCAAGUCAGACGACACCUGUUGCGAGCGGUAUCGAUGCUGCUACUACUACUUUAGCCGUACCGGAGGAGAGCGUCACGUUUGCGGUUACGUCCUCCGGCGCGUCUGUGUCCGCCUCGUCGUCGUCUCCCUCUGCUGCAGCUACUGCUACGGAGUCUGCGGAGCUGCCCGCGUAGGCUUCUGCUUCGGACGUAUUGAUUGUGGACGAGUGUCUCUCACCUUGCUGCAGUUCUUUGAUUGUGGCUAGUGGUCGUGGUGCUGCUGCUGCUGCUGCACCAACAUGCUCUGCUUGAGGUGUUAUCUCUUUUUUUAAAGAAAAUUCUGCUAUGGCGGAGAAAAUCCUUGGUGGCGGCAUCUUGAUUGCCUUGUGUUGCUUGAAUGGUCAAAGAAGGCGGGCGUCAUUUCAAUCCUGCACCGGUUUCUCCCUGCUACGUCUGAAUUCUGCUGGUGCGCCUUCUAACUUCUGAACCCGGUCGACGUCGCUAUGGUUGUAUCAGCUCGCUAAUGGGGUUCACGGAUUCGGAAUGCCGCUGAGGCUGCUCUCUCGCAAGCUCGUUCUGUUAUGGAUGACAGAGGCCUGGCGGCCUCGUGGAGUUUGUCUUGCUCUCCGUAGCACACUAUCACGUCUACUAGUCAGCAUCUGUUUCUGCUGGUCAUCGUGUCUAGCGGCAACAAAAAACCUGGAGGAAAAAUCGGCUUCAGACGUUGAUCUACGUGAGGUUGUCGGAUACUUUGUGCGUCCACGCUUCCAGGUCGCAUGUGUGUGUGUGUGUGUGUGUGUGUGUGUGUCGCGCGCGUGCAUGCGUGCGUUGAGUGCAUGACAUUCUGCUGGGCGAGCACGGAUGUGUUCCACAACAUCACUCUUCCGUCACUCAGAUUGAUAAUAUUGACACUCACCGGAAAAUCCUAUAGAAAUUCUGUACUAAUCUGUUGCUGCUGCUAUUCUUGGUGCGCAGCUGACUGUCUCUCUUCCAUUCGUAACACGUGAUUGUCACCAUGGGCAUGCAAUGCUGAUAAAUCUGAUACUUAUUUUCAUCUCCCUGUUUGAAGUUGCAAUGCGGUCGGCCGCAUGACGAAGAGUGGCUGCCGAUAACCAUUUUUAUUCUAGACAAUGACGGUCGGAGUAGACACCCGCACAUAUUUUACGCACAAGUGCACACACAAACACACACACGCACACACACACACACACACACACACACACACACACACACACACACACGGAUACACGCACAUAGCCCAGCAUAUUAUCAUCAUCACCUUCAUCAUCAUCUUUUCACACAAACACACAAACACAGCCCUAGAAGUAAUUUUCUUUUCCGGUUUGGUUUUAGCGUUUGUUUACGGUGUUUGCGCCGUUUGCUUUCUUCUUCUGCGUUGCUCGCCUGACUAACGGCUACGCUCGCACUGCUGCCACUGGCCGAGUUGCCACUCUGUGCCGUAAGAACGGUGCCGAGCUGUCCAUUGGCCUCAGCCAUGGCAGCCCUGCUGCUUUGUAUAGUUUUUUAAAUGCAGGCGGCGGUGCACUGCAGCAGCACACGUUGUAACGCUGUCGCAGCAGUGUCUCGAGACUGCUGUGAAAUCCACUGUGGUCAGCUCUCGAGCUGCAUGCUUGUGUUGGACAGGCCAUGCAGGUACACCAUUCUCUGGUCAUGUGCACAGCUCUCUCUCUCGCACACUUGCUCUUUCUUUAAAAUUUUAAAAAUCCCCGCCGCUCCGGCUUCUUUGCUUCGUUUACCUGUGCUAUUUUGACCAUGUUGGAACUACCUGCAAGGAAUAAUCACUACGCUCUCGCUUGAUACCGGAGCAGCUAGUUUUUUUUAUCGUCUCUGUUUUGUUGCAAUGCUGGCAACCACUCUUGACCACUAGAUUGCUAUUUUUUAUCCUCAGUUUAUCCUCUCCCCCCCCCCCCCCCCCCCCCCCCCUACUGCUAGCCAGUGCCGGUGCGCGGUUUGCCUGCUGAUCUCCUUGUGUGCGCGUUGCUGUCUUGAUGAGAUUGUCAUGGCAACGCGUGCGCUCUGCUGACUUCAAAUGUUGCUGAUAUCCGUUCGGAGUUUUCUAA